CGGAUUCUACUCCGCCAAAUGCAACAAUUCCUUCAAAUGAAACAGAGACUACGGCAGCAAAUAAAUCAUCAGAAGUACCGCCAAAAGAUUCUAGUUCUCCACCUACUCCACCACCGAAAACGUCUUCAAAAAAACCGUCAGCAGACCCAAAUCCUUCAGUUAACACUACUUCAAAACCUGAACAGAGUAAAAUAAAAUAUACUAAUUAAUUCAAUAAAAAUAAAUAAUUUCAGGCAAUGAAACUUUGCCACAAUUGAAUAAUGGGACUACUACUGUUGGCACUUCUCCAUCAAUGAAUUACUCUACUUUUACCCAAAACUUCACUUCUACUAUUUCUGUGAAUGAGACAAACGGAACAUCUAAUUCCAACUUAACAACAUCCACAACAUUCUCUACUUUAAUCCCUACAAUCAUCCAACCUCUAAAAACAACAACUUCUACUAAAAUUCCUGGCAUUAUAAAUGGAACAACAAAAGGAAUUAAAGCGACACCAAAAGAAGUAUUUCCUUCCUAUUAUUUCUAUAUUGUUGGUGGUGGUGGUGCUGUGGUUAUUCUAUUGUAA